AUGGCUGAACCAGAUCCAUCUGCAAGAAGAUCCAGAAUAGCCAAAUGCUUCAGAGAAUUGCCUCUCAGAGAUGACAAAGAGCUGUUGAUCAUCCUAACUGGUGUCUGGAGAAUUGCUGUGGCUAAGCCCGAUGACCCCGAGUUCCCGGCCCUCGGGCUCUUCCCUUGCAUGGCUAAGCUCAUCAAUUACAGAACCAAUAUGUCCAUCCCCUACUAUGCAGCUCACAUCAUUGGCUCCUACACUAUGAACACCUCAGAAUUUGCAGAAAUGGCUGUGAGGGCAGGGGUUCUGACCCCAUUAAUGGAGCUUCUGAGAGGGAAAAUGAGCUGGGUUGAGCAGAGAGUUGCAGUGAGGGCAAUUGGCCACAUUGCCAGCCAUCGAGCCACGUUUAAGGCGGUGGCAGCCCACGAAUCGGAGAUCGUGAAAUUGGCGAUGAAGAUUGCCUGUACCUGUAUAGAAACAGUGUACAAUGAGUUUGUGAAGAUGGGAAGUGAGGGGAGAAUGGAAUAUCAAUGUGAAUUGAUGGGAAAAGGGGUGGAAUUGCAGAACAAGAAAGCUGAAGCCUGGGCUACCCAGCUUCAAUGCUGGUCUCUUUACCUCCUCAACUGUUUUGCCAGAAAGAAAAGAUCAAUCAAUCUCAUCUGCAACCAAGAUUUCCUCACACAACUCAGCUCCAUCUGGGGAGGACUUGAAAACCAGAACUCAUUCUCUGGAAUUGGCCUAAUCAGAACCCUUUGUCUCACCCAAAAUGGAAGAGAAAACAUAGCUAACUCCCCUCGUCUCCUCAAAACCCUCUGCAAUCUCUCAAGAUCCUCAGACCAUUCCCAAAUUAAGGCCAUCAAAAUCCUGCUUUCACUUCUCCAGGAUGCCAAUAUAAGACACAAAACACUGCAAAUUUCCGCGCCAUUUCUCGUCGAUUUAGUAGAGCUCAGAGCCAACAGAGCAAGACCAAAGCUAGGUGAUCAGAUUGCAGAGCUUCUCUUGCAAGACUACGCGAAAACUAAGGUUGAAAAAUCAGAGUCACUGAGUCACCGUAAUUUACCUCUCUACUAUCUUGUGGGGCCAGAGGGCCAGGGAAUUUCGCAUUUUCUGGAUGAGGCUUGGGAGUUAAAGGUGGGGAGAAGAAAACGAGACGAAUUAAUGUCCGAACGGGAAUUAAAGCAGAGGAGAGUAAUGGUUUCCCUGUUGAAAAAAGAAGGGAACCAGAAAUUCUGGGCAGGGAAAGUAGCAGAAGCGGAGAUAAUGUACAAAAAAGCUCUGGAUUUGUGUCCAUUGAAACUGAGAAAAGAAAGAAUCGUUCUUCACAGUAACAGAGCCCAGUGUUUCUUGAUCCAAGGAGAAGCAGAAUCCGCCAUUAGCGACACAACGCGAGCUCUGUGCUUAUCAGGGCAAGCCAAUCCCCACCUGAAAAGCUUGUGGAGAAGAUCACAGGCGUUUGAUAUGAAAGGAAUGGGCAGAGAGAGCUUAAUGGAUUGCAUGGCGUUCAUUAACGCCUGCUCCAAAGCCAAGGGGAGAAGAGGCAUGAAAAUCCCGUACUACGCCAUCCGAAUGUUGAACAAGCAGAUGAAUGCCACGUGGAUUUUCGCCGCCGCCGCGGCGAAGAUUGAUGAUGAUGAAACGCAGAGGGCCGUCGUUUUACUUGAAAAUGGUGAGACGAAAGAGAAGAAGAAGAAGAAGAAAUUUUUGGAUGGUAAGAUGGAAAAGCUGAUUGGAAAUGGUAUGCAUAAAAAGAAAGGGCUAUGGAGGAGGAUUAGCAUCAAGAAAAACAAGGGAUUGGAUCGCCGGAGCUCUGUAGAUUUCUAG